GCCACGUGUCUGCCAAAUGCAGGAGGGAUUUUUCAAAUGCUUAUUUUGCCCAAUUUUGCACUCAUCCGUCAUCCGGUCAACCCUGAUGGACAUCAUUCGACAUCGAUGAAGUGGCGAUGGGCGUCUGUUACGGGAGUACUGCAUACCCUGGGCCGGGGAUUGACUGGUGACAAUUCUCGGGCGUGGCUUUGUUUUCGGCCACCCUCAGCCGGUUUAGAUGCCAGCCCUUUGUGCCGAUGAACGAGUGUGUCUACAGAACCACAGCUUGGUACAGAAUGUCAGACUGUCCAACGUUUUCACCCAGUCAGGACGAGCCCCGAACCUUAACCCGUCGGGCCAGACCUCACACGUCAUCCGAGACCCUCGGGACCUCCUGCCAGCCGCUGGCAGAAUCACAGGAAACAGACGGCGGCGAUGUCUGCUUCAGCCACCAAGCCAGUGCCAACCUCACCUCAAGGCCCACGCUUGUGAGUCGACGGCACAGCGCGGAUGGGACCGGACAACACGGCCCAGUCGACACGUCUCCUUUCCAACCGUAUCCGCGACAGCUGAGCGACGGUGCGGCGGAAAAUGCACUUUGUUUCCAGCGCGGCUCGCCAUCUCCUUUCAGCGGCGUGCAGGAGGUCGGUGACCCUCAAAUGUGCGGUCUGACAUUCGGCUCAGGCAGCGAGCCGCAAACACUGUGGGAGCAAUAUGGCUACGUCGACCAGUGUUCCUACCCCCAACUUGUGUCAGCUGAGACUUUUUGUUCCCAUUCUCAAUGUUAUCUGUGCUCCCCAUCAGCCAGCCCUCAACAAGAGGUCACAGCAAGGCCGUACGCCGCCGAGGAGCAUCCGAGCGUGGCAAAUUAUUCUGUUCAGCCUCUCGCCUCUCAAAUUCAUCAGAGGAACAACUCGCAACCCGCCUUCCCCAAGCCUGUUUACUCGUACAGCAUUCUCAUCUUCAUGGCCCUGAAAAACAGUGCGACCGGAAGCCUGCCCGUCAGCGAGAUCUACAGCUUCAUGACUGAAAACUUCCCCUAUUUUAAGACAGCCCCUGAUGGAUGGAAGAACUCGGUGCGGCACAACCUCUCCCUGAACAAGAGCUUCGAGAAACUGGAGGGCAAAAACGGGAACUCCUCGCGGAAAGGUUGCCUGUGGGCUCUCAAUCCUGCCAAGGUGGAGAAAAUGCAGGAGGAGCUCCACAAGUGGCGCCGCAAGGACCCCGUCAGUGUCCGCAGGAGCAUGGCGAGACCAGACGACCUAGAUCUUCUCCACGGACAGAUGCCCAAGAAACUGAGGUCAGCGCCGCCGUACACCAGACCUGCCGACGUUUACGGCACCGCGCCGACGUCCUCCAGCCCGACACGCGUCCCACCCCCCGGCAGAGCCGGUCGACGUCCGCAGCAUUCGUGCGAUCCUUCGGCCUCACAGCAGUCCUGCUUCCUCUCCCUCACUGACACCCGUCUCGGCGACUCAUUGGCCCUGCGCCCCCCGUUUGCUCAGCGGCACACGGCCGACGCCCGUCCUGAAAACGUGAACCUUGUCGCGACUGAGAGGCUGCCGCCGGCCUACCGCGUCAUCCACCAGGACGACUUCGGUCCGAGGAGCAUUCGGGACUCGCAAUCAGAGCGAGAUAUUUAUGAUGUGGAUGGACUCAACCCCAGCCUGACUGAUCUGCAGUUGAAAGGGAACCUGUGGGAGGAGUUGCGAGAAGACAACCUGGUGUCACACCUCCGAGCGGCCCCCACGCCCAUGUGCAUCACCUCUGGCCUGCAGCCGCCCGGCGCAGACGCCACGGCGGCGGUCGGCGAGACCUCGACGGCGGCUCACUGUAAAAUGGAGCUCGAGGACACGCCCGGCGAGCAGAGCUCGAAGCAACACGCCCCCUCGAGCCGAUUCCAUCCUGACGUUUAUUCCGGAGCGGAGAAUCUGCCGCUGUAUUUCACCUGCUGCACCACAUCUUUGGUGUAAGUCGGCGACUUAACUGCAAACAGCUUGAGGCUUGAAAAGUGUUCUUCCGAUGAGCGUUACGGUAGCGAGCGGCGUCACCGUAGGAUUGGUGAGCCGCGAAGCCCUCAGGUCUUUGUUUUUCCCGACUGUGUUCACCUCUCUCUAGCUAGUGACGACAGACCGGAGAAAAGAUCCCAUGUCUUGUGUGACCGAUGCAAUGACAGGAACUAUAAUCUGGAAAACAUCACAAGUACUUUGGGGGAAAGUUUGACCAAAGUACCAAAAAAAAAAUCAGUGACGGACGUAUCUGAAUGUGAAUGUCUUAUAUUCAUUCCUUGAUCUCUUCCCCCACACACACUGCUUAUCCUCACUCGGGCCACAAGCGUUCAGUAUAUGACGAACUAAACUGAUGAAAAAUCCCAGUUACUUUAUAUUCAAUUAACUAUUUAUAGUGCAUUUGUUGAA